AUGGCUAAUCCGGCGUUGGCUGCCGGCCGCAGGGUCCCGGUCAAAAGACCCCAAAGCAGAACCCGUGCGCCCGACCCGCCGAAAGAGGACCGAAAACCAAUUUCUUGCGUGGUUAAAAUGUGUGAAUCGGUUGGCGACGGCAAACGAAGCAAAGUAAGAUGUAUAGAAAGGCAAAAGCUUUAUCCUGGCGGAUCACACACUUUUCAAGAAGAUGGGAAGAACUCUAUUACCGUUUCUCUUGACGGAAAUUGCAACAAGUCGCUCUCUGGGAGGACUAACAACCCGAGGAUUGGGUUUGUAGUUGAGAAGUUAUACAGGCCUGAAGACCCUCUUUUGGCCGCGAUUUCCAAGUACUUUGAGCCCCCACGAGCCCCACACUAUCAAUAA